AUGUCAUCGGGAGAUCCACCUCGACCACCCCUAGUUGACAAGGGGAAAGCUCCACACACAAGGUUACAUACCCCUUCUUCUGCAAACAUUGGAGCAUCCCCUUCACCUCAUAUUGUACCAUCCCCAGCCUCAAUUGGUGGCCCAUCUUCUGUUGUUGGUCAGCAGUUUGCACUAUCCCCAGUUGCAGAUGAUAUAGUUGCCCCACAGCCUAUGGUUGAUCUUGAUUUAGAUGUAAAACAUGACCCUCCUCUGCAAGACUGUCUAAUGAUUGAACCUGUCGGUCGAGGGUUUGUUCCAUCUAGAGUUGCUUCACAGGUUAUCACAAAGACAAUCAAGCAACAAUUUCUUAAUCCUUGGCCAUCAUGGGGAGCAAUACCUGAAAAGGACAAGGAUAUUUACUGGCAAUGUUUCAAGAGGAAAGUUCAGUGGGCACUAGAGCAUGAAAUUGAAAUUAAGAGAAAUUUCAACAACAGAGCUUCUCAUCGUCUAUCUGAGUUGUUUAGAGACGCUUUAAUGGCUAGAGAAAGGCCAAAAUGGAUUCCUAAUGAUGUGUGGACAAGGCUGUUAGAACAUUGGAAUUCUCCAAGUUAUCAGAGUAAAUGCAUUGCAGCAAAAAAGAAUAAGGCUUCUGAAACGGGUAGGGCCCUACACGCAGAUGGAUCCAUUACCACUCACAAGCAUGCCCUUCGUAUGGAAGAAUUUCAGACUAGGCUUUCUCAAUCCUCUGUUGAUCCUACACAAGAUGAGAAUAUCAGGACUAGGUGUUGGAUUCAGACAAUAGGAGGAAAAAAGAAAGGAAGACUUUAUGGGGCUGGUCAACUUGUUUCAAAAUAUGCGGGUUCAAAUGAAAGCUUGAACCAACUACCAGCUUCUUCCUUUGCUAAUACUGAGGACCUCAAUAAUAUUAGGCAGCAACUUUCACACAGCCUAGAAGAAAAUGAGCAAUUGAGGUUCGAGUUUCGAUCCUUUCAAUCACUAGGCUUACAAUAUCUCCCUCCUGAUGCUCAGGCUCGUCUUCAACAGCCAUAA